AAGAUAGAUCUUUAAGUAUUCCUUGUCGAAAAUGUUAAGAAGGGAACUAAAUGAGGAAGGCAAAUAUUCGAGACUACAAUUUGCUAUCAAAUAUUGCUCUAUGCCGGUAUCAUAUUGGGACUGUGUAUGUUUCUUAGACGAAGCAAGGUUUUGUUUUGACGAUAACGGAUUGGUUUCCUUGCACAAAGGCAGUGAGCGAGUGAACAUUUUGAAUUCUGUCCCUGUUUGUGCCUCAUUGGGAUUUAGCGUUCCAAAUGUCAUAACCAAAAUUAAGGGAAGGAUUGACACAGAACAAUACAUCAGUUUCCUAAACACCUGUGUUUACCCAUCAGCAGUUGAAAAAUUCUCAAAAGAAUCGCCAAUAUUACUCAUUCACGACCAUUAUCCUGUCCAUACGGCAACGGCUGUAAGAAAGUGGCUUCAAAAUCGUUCAAAUAUUGCCGUAUUGACUGACUGGCCAAGGAAUUUUGGUGAUUUAAUGCCGCUGGUGAAUACCUGGAAAAUUAUUGUAGAAAAAGUUAAUGAAUCGCCUGUAACAAUAUCAUCAACAUCUGUAUUGUGGGAUGAAGUAUUUAAAAUAUGGUCAAAUGUUGUUGAUAAAGAGUAUGUAGAUUCAAUAACUAAAUCUGUUUCACACAAACUAAAAGAAGUCGUGAAAUGUCAUGGAGGAUGGACAGACUAAGAGCAAUCACACACAAACAGUAAACCGAUCUUUAGUCUUGUAUUUGUUUUUCCAAUACAAUGUUUGGUUCUGUAUGCCUGUUAAAAAAAAUUUCAUUAACGAUAAGUGGUUAAAAAUUUAUAGUAGUGCUAAGGGAAUGGAGACGUGUUGAAAAUGAGGUUUUGAUUAUGUCAUCAGAU